AUGGCAAACGUGAUGCUUGCUGCGUACAAUGCUAUCGAAGCAACAGUUCGCAUGCUUUGUCCAGAUUUGUAUAAAAAUAUGGAAAUUACGGACAUGAUCGAUAAAAUAGCAAGUAUAUAUCAGAAAGCGAUGGCAGCAUUACGCGAAGAGCUCGCGAAACACAAAAUUGAGCUGCAACGCAUAUUGGACGAGAGUACGGUGUUGACUGAGAAGAUAUGUAUUGAAAGAAUUUGUACCUAUGACCGUAGUACAUUAAUUAGUCUAAUGGAAGCUAUAUGUGUUCAACUUGACGCAGCGCUCGAAAAGCUACGUGUCAAAAUGUUGAAA